AUUGACUGUUGUUGUUGUUGUGUUUUUUUUUGGAAGUUGGCAAAAUUUGGUAUACGACUUACGCUGAACAAUUUGGGUUUAAAUGGAAAAAAUGGCGGGCUACACCCCUGUAUUAUUAAGAACACUGUAAUGUUCUUGUAGAUACUGACCAAAAUAUUUUCUUUUUAUCGUAGAUAUUAUUUGCAAAAAGUCCUAAAUGUUGAGCAGAACCCAGAUCCUAAGAAGGGAAAUCGUUUUCUUCUUGAACUUCAAUUAGGUGUCCAUGGAUCAAAUGAAAGCUUUCGUCUCUCGGAAUAUGUUUAUGCUCCGAUUGGGAAGGAUGAACUCUGUUUUCCAGAAGGAAUGGUGUGGCAGAAAAAUGCAACCAUUUACUUUAUACUCCCUGUGAAAAACCAGGGCAAGUGGGUCCAUCACUUUACAUCUCAACUUGCAAACAUGUCUCGUCAGUCUGGCGACUUAGGAUUCCAUGUCAUUAUUGUGGAUUUUGACAGUGAAGACAUUGAUAUUGAUGAAGCAUUUAGUGUGUGGCCUCUUCAAGACCGUUAUACAUUAAUCAAGUUGAGUGGCCCUUUUUACAAGACACUUGCAAUCCAAAAGGCAGUUCAAGCUGUUCCACAUGACGAUGAUAUUGUCUUUCUUUUUGACCUUCAUAUUGAUGUUCCCAUAGGACUUUUGGAUAGUGUAAGAAAGCACACCAUUUUAGGCAAGAUGGCUUAUGCACCAACUGUUGGCCGAUUAGCAUGCGGAGAGUUUCCAAGUGAUCCCCGUGGUUUUUGGCAGGAUGACGGUUACGGGAUUUUAAGUGUUUUCAAAAAGGACUGGGAUAGUUUUGGAGGGAUGAAUGUUAAAGACUUUACCACUAAAUGGGGAGGUGAAGAUUGGGAUCUGCUUGAUCGCGUGCUUUCUGCUAAACUAGAAGUUGAAAGACUGAAACAGCCUGGCUUGUUUCACUAUUAUCACUCUCGUGAAGGAAUGUGGCAGUAAAAAAAAUUAUUUAAAAAGAAUUAAUAUAUAUCCAAGAUUUUAAGAAAACAGAGGUUUAAGUUCCCCUUGAAUAGAAGUGGUAGAACACAGUUACAUGCAGGUUGCCUUGAAAGUAGAAAUUAUGGAAUGUCUGGGUCCUUGGCGACUGGCCGGAGUGAUUUCAUUUAGUGUCACAACACUUGAUGGAACAUUAUUCUCAAUCAAGUAGACUACUCACCCUUAUAAUUUUUCAGUGAGCAAUAACCAACAAGGCCCUAUCAGGGGUGUUUGGCAAUAUUUAGAUAAAAAAUUAAUGGGAUUCAAGAUAUUUUGGGGGAAAAUUAACGGGACAUGGGAUAUUUAGAUCAGAUAAAACAGGAUAUCAAGUAGGAAAAUCAGAAUUGGAAUUAACUAUUUUUCUUUUUUUUUCCUUUUACAUUUUAAUUGUGAUUUACAUUACUGAGCACUACUUACAACACUGGUGUGGCUACUUGCACAAUUUACAACAGUAAUACAACUACUUAACCUUGUUACAAUACUGAUAGAGUACAGUCCCUUACAUUACUAACAAAACUUGUUAUACAAUGUAAUUACUUACAAACUACUUACACCACUUACGAUACGAUUACAGAUGCUACUUGCAACAAUACAACUUACACUACUUAGGAUUACUUAUCCUACUUACAAUACUGUUGCCCAGGGGGG